AUGAAGUCCCCGGCGGCGGGCGUGAAGGCCCAGAAGAAGUCCUCGCGCAGGUUGGCCUUCUCCAGGGUGAAGUGCUGCAGAUGGGCUGAUAGGAGCUCUCCAGCACCAUGAACGACGAUGAGAUGGCUCUCCUGGCCACUGUCACCCUCCUCGGAGUCCUGCUGCAAGCCUACUUCUCCCUGCAGGUGAUCUACGCCAGAAGAGCCUUCCGUGUGUCGCCUCCGCUCACCACCGGUCCGCCGGGAUUCGAGCGCGUCUACCGAGCCCAGGUGAACUGCAGCGAGUACUUCCCGCUGUUCCUCGCCGCGCUCUGGGUCGCUGGCAUCUACUUUCACGAAGGCACCGCAGCCCUCUGCGGCCUAGUCUACCUGUUCGCGCGCUUCCGCUACUUUCACGGCUACCAGCGCUCGGCGGAGCUCAGGCUGGCCCCGUUGUACCAGAGCGCGGGUGCGCUCUGGCUUCUGAUCGCGCUGGGGGCGCUCGGCCUGCUCUCGCACUUCCUCCCGGCCCCGCUGCGCGCCGCGCUGCUUGGCUGGCUCCGGACGCUGCUGCCCUGGGCCUGAGACCGGGUCUGCCAGACCGAGGAACACCAGCGCCUCGUGGAGAGGGGAGGGCGGCCCUCCUCUGCCGCCCGGAGUCUUAUUAAAGUUCCCCUAACUGGACUUCUGCACUCCGGCUGCUUUCUCUGGGGCACAGAGGACUGCGCACAGCCGGCUGCGAAGCCUAGAAGGGCUCAGCAGUCUGGCAGGCUCCAUGGAGGCGGCGUCGCCAAGAAAAGGAGUCUCCUGGGGGGCACGACACGAGUGCUUCUGCCUUGCUCUCAGUUCCUGCUCCUUCUCAGCCUCUCUCCUCACCUGGCCCCUUCUUCUCGCCUUCCCCACCAACCUUCAGCCACCCUAGUCCCUGCGCUCACGAGUGACACCAGCCUGUCACUCUCUUUCCAAGUGACAGGGCCUCUCAAAGGACAGGCCCCUGCAGGACGGGGAAUACCUGGGGCUUGGGCUGUAAGGGUGAUGACAUCAGGUGCUCAGGGGGCAGGGCAGCCCAGAGCCUCCAGCCAAUGCAGUGGCACAGAGAGCACUCCCAUUAGAG